UCGAGGUUAAAGCAAAAAGGGCCACCGCACGUAGACGUACGGGAGAUAAAAAAAGGCGGCUUCUACCCUCCCCGAAACUUCUUGGAGUGGCGUUUGACGAAGAACCACGGUUGCUACUACCGCUGUGCCAGACCACACCUUUCACGGAGAAAGGAAAAGACGCAAGCAACUAACUACAAGCCGUGGGGGUAUCUUCUGCGACGGUGUAUUUAUUGGCAUUACGACGCGCUGUGUUUUUUUUUUUUUUUUUGUCUUCGGUUUGGUCCCGCAAAACACCCCCCUGCCUUCGCAUCCCUACCUGCUGCUGCUGCUGUUUGGUGUGAAACCUGUGGCCAACCCCCUCCACAACUUCCUGCGCUCUGGAAUCAAUCGCCCUGAGUUGGAUUAUCCGUUCCUUCCCGAAGGAGAUCCCAACCCCGGCCUCUCAUUCUUUCUGGCAUCCAUAAUCGCAUCGAGAUCAACUCGGCGGCCGAAAUCGGACUCAAUCGUUUCCCAAAUCAACAGAUGAGUGCCAGCUUCCCGGUGGUGCCCGCUCGUUGGCUGGCGGCUGCGCUGCUCGUGUGCUCGUUGGUGGCGCUGACGCAGCCCGGCGGCUGCGCGGCGCGCAACCUGCACAAGCGCUCAUUCGUCGAGCUCGGUUGCCGUGGCAACUUCGAGCAGUCGUACCUGGCCCGCCUCGAACGGGUCUGUGAAGAGUGCUACCAGCUGUACCGCGAGCCGCAGGUCUACAACCUAUGCAGGGGCAGCUGCUUCAAGAACGAAAACUUUGACCUGUGCGCCGACGCCCUCCUACUGAAGGACGAAAUGACCGACCUGCGACGCAUGAUCAACUACGUCUACGGAUGAUCCCGGACUUCUAGAGAACGCAGCAUCGGCCGCGGUUCACAGGAGGCAGUCGGAGAGGGAGGAGAGGCCGAGACAGCGUGUUCGUUAUAGAGACUAGAACAAAAAAAAAAGAAGAAAGGCUUGAGAGAGAGAGAGAGAGAGAGAGUACAACAUUGAGAUAAGAUAUCGGAGAGAAAAAAAAAAACUCAGCCUUCCUCUCUGGCUCCUUCGACUUCUAACGAUAAAAUAGAAAAAAAAAUCAAAAACAAAGCGACAAAUCUACGAAACGACACAACGAAAUAACCUCCCGAGCAACGACAGCACGUCCAACGCCCCAUCGAAACAUCCGUCCACGACUUAAGAAAAAGAAAGAGACAGCGAACAUUGUUUUAUUGUAUAUUGUAGAAGUUAUUUAUUAUCGACUGAUUAUUAAGACAUCAUAUUGAGUACGAAGCAUGAACGAUCGUGAGUGUACUGAGCGCAUGCGAUGUACUUGUUUUUCAUUUUGGUCUGUUCUGUUCUGUUGUACAGUAGCCGCCGGUCAUCGUGAAGUUCGUAAGGCGACGCCGUCGGACGAACUUGUUCUUUGAAGCCCUACGUUAUUCUCCCUUUGUUUGCUUUUGUUAUGUUUUUUUAUCGUUGCACAGUGUUGCUCGUAUGAAGCCAUGUGCUCCGCUUGAGAGUGAGUUCGUAAUGGCGCCCGCGUAUAGCGUCGAGUUAGUCGAUGCGCAUCGAAUCUCGGCUCUGCAUCGAUUCGAGGGAAGCGGCUCGUUACGAGCGAGCGAGCGCCGUAAGAGCGGCUUGCGAAGCCUGAACGACGAUGCCGUACGGUGACGAUAACUGCUAUGUUCUUGGUGUGGGGGUGCGCGUGCCUUUUUGAGGCUCGAGGUUCGAAUGCCUGUCUGCCCGGUUUCACUGCGGGGGCGAGCACUGUAGGUUAACUGCGGUGAUUAAAACAGCUGAAGAAAAAGAAACUGGGGUGCAGACCGUGAAAACGAGUCUCGGAAAACCCGCACCGCCUCAUUAAAUCCGUGCAGUACGGCGUCAGCUAUAGGGAUCACGUCAGCUAACUAAGAACAACGACGAGGGUAAUGCUAUCUUACUGUUCACAUCUAAUCUGUUUACCGGUGACAUCUGUUCAUUAGGAGGAUUGAAGAUGAACAUAGGGAUCUCCUCUGCCUGUGACGUAGCGUCGGUUCUCGUUCCUGAUUGGCUCUCAGUGAGUUGCACUUAACAGACCAACACGCCUAGUACUAGAUGAUGUGACAUUUGACGCCUGCAGCGGCUGCAAUAAAAGUACGAAUCUGUGAUAUCGGCAUGAUAGGUUGCAACCGCUCCCAACGUGAAAAAUUAAACAUGAGGAUGUUAUUGAUACCGCGGGAGCAAAUUAACGAUGCAUUGAAAUACUAGCGAAAUGUUCAAACACUGUCUGUAAAUGUGAUACUUGCGUGAGGGCCUAUUUCAAAGUGAACUGGUUAACGUUUUAGAUUUUAUCAGUUUUAUCAGUAAACAUCAACGGUUGCAAAAGUUCUAGCUGAAGCUUCCGAAGAGACUCUCCAGCACUGCUUUUCGAAAGACUUCGUAUUUAAAAAAAAAUAUACCGUUGAAAUGUCGGAAGUAGAACAACCAAUCAAUCAGUCGCUGAGUGCUUAAGACUGAUUUAUAAGGACGGUCGCACGGAUAACCUCGAAGGUUUCUGCUUUCUCACACCAAGAGCAUAGCUUCACCUAGGAUCUGAUAGCUAUCUGAUAGCUUGUCGUUUGGACGUGUUCCUAUUUAAGCAGCUUACACCUUUUAUUUUGUCCUUGUUCAUUUCUGUUCAUUUUGUACAUACCGCAAAGAACAUUGCAUUUUCUGUACAGAACGACUACACUAUUUUAGACGAUUGCAUUUUUUGCUGGUCACCGACUGAGAUUACUUGAGACUUUUUGUUCUUUUUUUCUGUAAAUGUGUUUUGUUGUUUUUAACCUCACAACAUUUUUUGUUCUGUCUUCAGAGAGAGUACGCUUGUACAUAGAAAACAAAA